AUGGAUUCACCAGCGACGCUUAAACGCAAACCGAGCGAGGACAUCGACAGCCCCAUGCCUUCGUCUGGUCCUCCAUCGCCCUCCGAGAACAACAGCGACAGCAACAACGAUCAGGCUAAAGUCAAGCGCGUCCGUACCACCAUUCAACGGGUCUCGAAGCAAAAGACUGUCUCAAAGUUGAUUGGUACUCUUACCAAUGCACAGUUGAUAAACCUUGUCAACACCCUCGUCGAUAGUCACCCGUCUCUCGCAGAGGACAUUAGCAACCUUGUCCCCCGUCCCACCAUUGGCUCUGUGCAACCCUACCUUGCCGCACUUGAGACAAAGAUGCAGGAGUCCUUCCCCUACACAAAGUGGGGCCCCAGCCACGAUGACUAUUCGUUCAACAGAGUUAAGCCUGCCUUGGACGAGCUUAUCGAGAAUCUCGUGGACUAUACCAACCAUUUCACAUCGCCUCCAGAGUUUCCGACCACAUCGUUCUCGUUCCUUCAUAUCGCUACAGAGUUCUGCCACCGCCUGCCAAAUUGGGACAACCCCGCCAACAACGAGCACAAAUCGAACCUGUACAAGUCCCUUGCAGACUUCUGGAUCAAGGCCAUUCAGGAUGCCAGCAGCAAACUGGAGGAGGGCAAGAUCUAUGGCCAGAUGACUGUCCAGGAAUGGGCCAAAAACUUGGAGCAACACAACAACACAUCUCAGGGCAUGUUUUCUUCUGCAAUUGAAGAGUUCAAGACCAAGCUGGGAUGGAUCAUUGGCAUUCACACACCCGCGCCCAGCUUCUCGAGCGCAUUAUCUUCUGGAAGUCCACGCCCAAGCUACGGCGGCGUAACUUCAAAUCACAACCACGGAAGCAACGGCAGCAACCACACCAACAAUGGUAGUAAUGGCAACAACUCUUCGGACGGGGCAGGAUCCCCAUAUCAGGGUCAACACCAUUCACAGCAGCUGCAGCAACAACAUCAACAGUCGCAGCAGCAGCCACAGGCACUUGGACGCAAUGCCGGCCUUGGAUUUCACACUAGACGAUAG